AUGUCGCUGACACUUCGGUAUGUCAUCCUUCUUGCAGUAACAGCCGUGUCGGGACAAGACGACGUUAUCAUGUCUUUGAGUUACGAGGGAAGCAAUGAUUAUGUUAUCGAUUUCAAGUUUACUUCUAACGUUUUCAAAUCGUUAUACCAGUGUCUUUGUACAGACAACUCCUUGAAAUGUAACAUAGAGUACGACUACAACCAUGUCAUGCAAGGCGUUAAUUCAGAGAUCACAAAAACUACAUACCCACCUCCUUGUAAACUGUACACGUGUACAAAUUCUCGACAGUUUCCUCGUGUGACCUGCGUCACCCUGCAGCAGACAGACUCUUGUACCAGACAGGUCAAACCUACUUUUGUAGGCAUUGAUCUGGCCAGUUCUUGUGCUACGUCUUGUGUCGGCAUUGUCUGGAGUUUGAGCAAGGAAGGCAUUCGUUUCAACGACAAACAACUGCGAGUUCGGCAAUGCGGGGACCAAUGCUGUCCUGGUCCAGCGUCAGAGAAACCACCACAACCACAGAAUGAGUCGUCAUCGGAUCAUCUUGUCAUCUCUGAAACUUUCAGCGAAAGAGAAUACAGAGAUACGUAUAUUGUCGCAGGUAUUGCUGCAGGGGUCGUUCUAAUAGCUAUACUAGUGUUCGUGAUAUUUGUUUUUCUGAAGCCUAGAUCCACGUCCUAUAAUGGGCAAAGAGAAGCCGCCAACACACCACAAAGCUCCACAAACGAAACAAAUCACAGUUUCUAUCACAACACGGCAACUAUAAACGACGUAUCAACACAUACAACUGAUACGGGUAAAGCAACAAGUAACACAUUUCAACCAUUAAGUCCUUUUGCAGGAUUGCAAAUUUCUAAGCAAAUCUUAGGACACGAGAAUAACGGAAGUGAGGAUUUUUGGAACAGUCUUGCACUCAACAGAAACACAAAUACAGCUGCAGGAAGUGAAAGUGUAUUUGAAAAAAAGCCAAACAAACAAGUAGGAUUUAGUGAUGCAAUUUCUGAAGAUAACGCCGAAGAACAUAACUUUGAAGCGGACUAUGCCGAAAUUGAUGAUUACAGUAUUCAAGAUUGCAGUCCAGUGGAGUACAUACCAGACUGCUCUGAUAUAGACUUAAAUGAUGGCUAUAGCACUGUGGAGAAUUCUGAUUACUACAAUAUUCAGGAUAAUACACCGGGUUCUGCUGAUGGUAAGUCCAGUGACUCUAGAGAAGAUUCUGCAGAUUUCUCCACUCCAAGGGCAGGCUCUCUCAGCACUGAUGGUAAAACAGGGAUGCAAACAACUGGUCACCAAACAUCACAUGUUCUUGGACAAAACCAAAAUGUAUCAGAAUAUUUCGUAGCAAGACCAAUAAGUAGUGAGGUACCUACAUACAGCGUGGGUCAACAGAUUGAUGGGACAUCACGUGAUCCCGGGAUCUCAUUUGAACAAGAGCAAGACAACUCAAACACAGACACCGCUGAGAAGAAAAGAACCUCCUAUUUUAUACUAGAGAAAGAUACAGAGGAAGAAGACAUUUAA